AUGGCAGAUGCUCAAACACAAAUCGAAUCUAUCAGGAAAUGGGUCAUUCAACACAAACUCCGUACUGUUGGUUGUUUGUGGCUUAGUGGUAUUACGGGUUCAAUUGCGUAUAAUUGGUCUCGACCUAACAUGAAAACCAGUGUUAAAAUCAUUCACGCCAGGUUGCAUGCUCAGGGUCUUACACUGGCAGCAUUAGCCGGGGCUGCAUUAGUAGAAUAUUAUGAUCACAAGUCUGAUGAAAGGGCUGCAAGGGAUUCUAGGCGUUGA